AUCGUGAGUCGCUCUGCUUUCCAGUUCGCCCUCAAGUCGCUCUCUUUCGAGUCUCGAUCCUACUUGCAGCAUUUUUGCUUGCGUCCUUUCUUUGAGUUCGCUCAUCACAAUCCUUACUGGCCUUUGGCCGUCCUAUCAUUUCCAUCACGUGUCGUUGUUUAUACUGUUAAUACUGUAAUCAUGGUCACCUCAAUCUUCUCACGCGUUGCUUUUGCAACUGGACUUCUGGCCUCUACUGCUUCGGCCGCUUACGAUGCCUCCGCCAAGUCAAACGUCGCUGUUUACUGGGGACAGGGAAGCAACCAAAUGUCGUUGCUCGAAGUCUGCCUGGAUCCCAACGUAGACAUUGUCAACAUUGGCUUCAUCAACAAGUUCCCUACAAAGCGAGGCGAAUACCCUGGAUCAAACCACGCCAAUGCUUGUGGUGACGCAACUUACCUCGACCCGACUACCAACAAGCCCAGCAAGCUACUCAGCUCAUGCCCUGGCGUUGGUGAUGCCAUCAAUGCUUGCAAGAGAAGGGGCAAGAAGGUCAUGCUCUCGCUCGGUGGUGGCUGGCCAACAGACUACUACCUCCCAACACCAGAUGUUGCAAACUGGUUUGCCGAGUUUUUGCUUGGAGCUUAUGGACCCCCUACUGCAGAGUGGAAAGCUGCCGGCAAGCCCCGCCCCUUCGGCGAUGCCUAUGUUGAUGGUUUCGAUCUCGAUCUCGAAGCUGCAGAGUGGGAUGUACCGUCCAAAGACAUGCUCUAUGCAAACUACGAUGUCUUCGGCAAGUACAUCAAGGCACACUCCAGCAUGCUUCUCUCUGGUGCUCCUCAAUGUGUUGUCCCCGACGCUAGGAUAUUCCUUGCUCUCAAGGAGGUUCCCUUUGACUUCCUGUUCACCCAGUUCUACAACACCUGGACCUGCUCUGCUGCCAAGGCUGUACAAGACAUGAAGAACAACGCAGAAAGCACCUUCACCUUCAACACCUGGAUUUCUUGGCUCAAGGCAAACUCCAAGAACCCAGACAUUAAGCUCUACCUUGGUUUGGCUGCGGGUGAAGAUGGCCUUCCUACACACAAGGACCACUACCUUGCCCCAGAGGAUGCCAACAUGCUUGUUCAAUCGCUCCAGGGCGAUAGCAUGUUUGGUGGUGUUAUGCUAUGGGAGGCUACUGUAUCUAAGAACAACCCAACUUAUGACCAGUCCUACGGUACCUGGAUGAAGUACGCUGUUGAGGGUACUUUCGAAGACAAGUUCCACCCGGUUGUAUCUUCUAGCUCUAUGGUCUCUUCGACAAUCACACCUUCCAGCACGCCUGUCUCCAGUACUCCCGCAUCCAGCACGCCCGCUUCGAGCACUCCCGCCUCCAGCAUCCCCGCAUCCAGCAUUCCUGCUUCCAGCGUUCCUGCGUCAAGCACCCCAGCUUCAAGCACUCCGAUUUCUAGCGUCCCGACUACUACCUAUCCUGCCUCUAGUGUUCCCGCUUCCAGCACUCCCAUCUCUAGCGUGUCGGCUUCUAGCAUUCCUGCACCUAGCACCCCCGGUUCCAGCAGCGUUACCAUGGUCAGCUCCAGCUCUAUUGAAAUUCCCAGCAGCACCCCUGUUGAGCCUUCUUCUAUUGCUACCAUCUCGCCCUCUGCUUCCAGCAGCAGCAGCGCCUCUGUUGGGCCAUCAUCUGUCCCCACCGUCUCAGCAACCGAGAGCACCAGCAGCUCUGUCGUUGUUCCUUCGGGUAGUGAGACCUCAACUUCCUGCAGCACUUCAAGCGGCGCCUAUCCCACUGGUGUCAACUCCAGCUAUGGCGUCUAUCCUACUGAGUCAGCAGUAUACCCAACUGAGACAUACUCUGCCAGCAAGGGUGCCGAGUACCCCGCUGAGAGCUCCAAGGGCCAUGGAGAGUACCCAGCUGCGUCCAGCACUGGUUACGACAGCACACCUUCCGUCACCAAGAAGCCUGAGCAAUCCGAGUACCCAACUGUUCCCACUGGCUCUACCACCAGUAUCGUUACCACCACCUAUGUCGAUGUUUGCCCCACCGGUCUUACCACGGUCACCACGACGUACGUUGCGACUGUCUGCACCAAGUGCGCGAAGCCCACUGGCACGACCGAUGUUCCUGAGGGAUGGACCACGAGUGUAUACACUGCCAGCACCUUGACUGUGACAAUCACCAAGCCCAUUGCCACCGUUACUGCUGUGCCUGAGUACCCAUCCUCUGCUCCUUCAGUUGUGUACCCUGCGGAGUACCCUGCUGCGCCAAUUUCUUCUGGCAAGCCUGCAUACCCAGCCGUACCCGAGGCUUCCAAGGCUGCGUACCCUACCGUCCCUGAAGUCUCCAAGGUCGCUGAGUACCCUGCCAUUCCUGAAGUAUCCAAGGCCGCUGAGUACCCUGUGGCUUCUGCACCUUCCGCGGCUCCUGAGUACCCAGCUCACUCUAUGCCUUCUGUGCCCUCCGCUGUCCAGCCCGCCUCUUCGCCUGCUGUCGAGUACCCCUCUUAUCCUAUUGGCACCGGCUACCCCAAGAAGCCCGUGGAGCACGAGGCUGUUAGCAGCAUGCACAUGACCCUCAGCAAGGUCGCUGUUCCUACUUACACUCCUGCGCCUUACCCAUCGGCUGGUGUUCCUUACAUCCCCGCCGGCCCUGCUAAGAACGCUACUAGCGUAUAUGUUCCCAUGCCCACUGGUACCGGCAAGCCCGUCACGCCUCUCCCAUCUAUGCCACCUCAGUUUGAGGGCGCUGCCAGCCGCGCCAGUGUCGGCUUCAUGAUGUUUGUUGGUGCUGUUGGUGCUGUUCUUGCCAUGUAAAUUCUUUGGAUAAGAGUUAUUCGUGCAUGGUGGUGAAGUGUAUUGUAGUCGCUUUGAUUCUCAUGUAAAUAAAUCCUCAUAUCCAUGUUCUACCGAACAAAUAACGUUUUCGCG